GAUAAGAUACAACAAUUCAUUUGCAAGAUAUACUAACAAUAGUAUAUUACAUACCUAGCGGCAAACUACUCUAUUUCAGACGAGCGGCAAGGUAGUUUACCGAGGUGCGAAGCACCGAGGUAAACUACAGACGCGAGGCUAGAAUGAGUUCCCGCGAGGUUUGUAUACUAUUUUACCCACAAUCGGUUAGUAGUUUAUGGAUUUCUAAUACUCACAAUCUACCAAUAAUAAUUUCGUUUCAAAUAUCUGUAUCCAUUUUCAUUAUGUGAUAAGAUGAAUUAUUUUAAGUAACCUGUGAGAUCGUUGCUAGGUAACAAAACAAGUUUGUUGAAUCUGACAUUUAGGCGAUACACGACGCCAUUAAUUGUACAUAUAAUCAAAUUGUGUUUAUUUUACAAAAAUGUCUGAUAAUGAAUUUGAAUGUACGCCACCAGAACUGCGGGUAGCUGCAGAGAGAGCUACUGGAGGAAUAAUUCCUGAAAAAAGCAGGGAGAGGUAUGAAAACACCUAUGAACUAUACAGUAAAUGGUGCGUGGCUAAAGGUGUGCAGCAUAACUCUGAGACGGUACAUACUUCUUGCUUAUUUUUGUGAAAUGAGCAAACAAAGUAAAGCCUCCACAUUAUGGUCAAUAUAUUCGAUGUUGCGAGCAGUAUUAAACUUUAGGCAUAAUGUUGAUAUUAGUAAAUACGCAAAAUUGCGGGCAUUUUUGAAAAGGCAGAACGUGGGACAUCAAGCUAAAAAGUCAAGUGUUUUUUCUGAAGCAGACAUCGAUACAUUUUUAAACAAUGCCCCGAUAGAAUUUCUUCCUCAAAAGGUUGCUUUAAUUAUUGGCAUUUCCGGAGCCUGUAGGUGCGAUGAACUUUUAAAAAUUAAAAUAAGUGACCUGGAUAUUUUAGAAAAUCGAAUUAUAAUAGUGAUUCCUGUCACAAAAACCUACUCUUCCCGUACAUUUGUAAUUACAAAAUCGGAAUGGAUAAAAAUAUUAAAGCAAUACUGUGACCUUCGUAAUAACAUUGACUCUGAUAGAUUACUUUUACAAAUAAGAUUUGGUAAAAUUACACGACAGCCUUUUGGGCAUAAUGCUAUAGGAAGUUUUCCCAAACAAAAUAGAAACUUAUUUAAAGUUGGAAAAUGUUAACAGGUUUACAGGACAUUGUUUUAGACGUACUUCAGCAACAUUAUUAGCAAAUACAGGUGGAGACAUCCUACAGUUGAAAAAGUUGGGGGGUUGGAAAUCCAACACCGUAGCAGAGGGAUAUGUGGAGAAUUCAUUACAUGGACAAAUAAAAAUUGCUAAUAUGUUGUCUCAUGUAGAAAAUCCAGAAACGUCGGCGUCAUCAUCUAUUUCUGAAACUCAUAAUUUUGAGCAAAACGGUCUUACUUUAACCGUUAAUAGUAAUCAUAAUUCCAAUGUAACUAUUAAUAUUUAUAAUUAAAAAUAGUUUUCUUUUUGUUAUUGUUGUUGUUGUUUCUUAAUUAAAUAAAUGUUGAGUGGAUCCUAUUCUUUCUACACCAUCUUUUAAUCAAAAAUGACAUUGACAUUUGCAGGUAGGAAAGUGACAGAUGCUAGCCGGGAAAGUACUUUCCCGGCUAGCUGGGAAAGUAAAGUAAGUAAUAAGUCGCUUCCUGAUUACUUCAAAGGUUAGAAAUCCAUAAAUUACUAACCUAUUGUGAGUAAAAUUAUUAUUUUAAUUGUUUAUAUUUAUGUAAUAAUGUUUUUAACCGUCAA